AUGGCGGAGGUAGUCUCGGGGCUCUUGGUGGGCCAACGGUUCAGUUCACUCGAAGAAUUUAAAUCGGCCAUACGCAACAUUUCCGUCCGGCAGCAUUGGGAUCUUCGAGUUGUGCGUAGUAACAAGAAGAGUGUCGUUUUGGGUUGUCGGUCAUCGGUCAAUUGCUACUUUCGCGUUGUGUGUCGUGCAAAUAAGAAUGCAACCUAUAUUACGAGUCUACAGGAUACGCAUAGCUGUCGACGGAAUCUGGCGUCACCUGGUUCAACGCCGGCUCGGUCAGAGGCGUCGCAUGUACGGUUCUUGUUGAAUGAGAUUCCGAAGUUGUUUGACAUGAAGAGCAAGAUUAAAGGGCAGGAUGUGGUGGAUGCUGUCAAACGGUAUCAUGGUUAUGAUAUUUCAAUGCGACAAGCACAGCGCGCUUUGACUAAGCUACAACCUCGACAGUCGAGAGGGGGCCAUGCACAGAUGCCUGAUCAUGAGGACCACGAUAUUACACAUGACCAGUCGUCGUCAGUUCGAGUCAAUAACGAUAUAUCGUUUGAUCCUUUGGCAGACGACCGCUGGCCUGAAAAUGGUCUUUCUACGACGUUAAUGGAAGAUGAUAGCAUUGAUCAAGACGAAUCUCCUACAGAGACGACAUCUGCCGCAAUGGUUCGCGUGCAACAGACCAACCCAUCUCUAGCAAUGCCACAUCACGCUCAACCCGGGCCUUCUGAUACCCGGUCUCUCUCAGUCUCAACAAUGUCUCAUCAUGCCUCGCAAAUUGCGCCUCUUCAGCCAAGUGGACAAGCUUCAUACGUCCAACCUAUCCAACUACCUGUUCCUCCUAGUCCGCCCAAAACGCAAAAUUCGCCAUCACUUCGCCACCCUCAUCCUCAGUCUCACCCACAGACUCGACCACAACCUCCUCCUCCGCAACAUCAACAACCAACCCACACAGGCCAUCCAGUUGCCGCUCAAUUAGUGCUUACAAAUUUCAAAAUCGAAUUUACAUGCACGUCAUGCGGUGCCUUGAAUCAGAGUUUCUUCCCGAAUCAAGGCAAUGUGACGGGCAAUAACUACCUCCCUGCAGCGCACAACAUCACCGCUUCUGCUCCCCCAGGCGCUCCUCAACCAUCAAGUGCUACUAAUGGCCGUUUGUCAACAAUGGACGGAGUCGCAACUGACACUACAGCCAAUGCCGUGGCGGCAGCCGCUGGGUUUGGAGACACUGAUUAUCAGGCCAGCACAACUUCGCAUGGUCGUGAACUACCUCCAUGGGGAAGCGGACUAGACGUCACCAUACCUCCACCAAAUACAUAA